GGCGAGAUGAGGAAGGACCUGUCUGAGGCGGGGCGCGCGCGCGUCAGGAAGAUGGCGCUGCGUCUGCUGUGGAGAGUGCCACGCGGAACGGCGGCGGCGCUGCCGAGGCUGAAACCACUUCUGGCAGCUGAUGUGCCCAGGCUUGGAUACAGUUCCUCCUCCAAUCACAAGUACAUUCCCCGGAGAGCAGUGCUGUAUGUACCUGGAAAUGAUGAAAAGAAAAUAAAGAAGAUUCCCUCCUUGAAUGUAGAUUGUGCGGUGCUCGACUGUGAGGAUGGUGUUGCUAUGAACAAAAAGAAUGAAGCUCGAUCGAGAAUAGUAAAAACUCUUGAAGACUUUGAUCUGGGCCCAACUGAAAAGUGUGUGAGGGUCAACUCGGUGUCCAGCGGUCUGGCCGAAGAAGACCUGGAGAUCCUCUUGCAAUCCCGGGUCCUUCCUUCUAGCCUGAUGCUGCCAAAGGUCGAAGGUCCUGAAGAAAUCCAGUGGUUUUCAGACAAAUUUUCAUUCUACUUAAAAGGCCGAAAACUUGAACAACCUAUGAAUUUAAUCCCUUUUGUGGAAACUGCAAUGGGUUUGCUCAAUUUUAAGACCGUGUGUGAAGAAGCACUAAAGACCGGACCUCAAGUGGGUCUUUUUCUAGAUGCUGUUGUUUUUGGAGGAGAAGACUUUCGAGCCAGCAUAGGUGCAACAAGUGGUAAAGAAGCCCAAGAUAUUCUGUACGCCCGACAAAAGAUUAUUGUUAUAGCGAAGGCCUUUGGUCUGCAGGCCAUAGAUCUGGUGUACAUCGACUUUCGAGAUGGAGAGGGGCUCCUCAGGCAGUCCAGGGAAGGAGCCGCAAUGGGGUUUACCGGUAAGCAGGUGAUACACCCUAACCAAAUUGCCGUGGUUCAGGAACAGUUUUCUCCUUCCCCUGAAAAGAUUAAGUGGGCUGAAGAACUGAUCGCUGCCUUUAAAGAACAUCAACAAUUAGGAAAGGGAGCCUUUACUUUCCAAGGGAGUAUGAUCGACAUGCCAUUACUGAAGCAAGCCCAGAACAUUGUUACGCUUGCCACAUCCAUCAAGGAAAAAUGAUCUGUUAAAUGAAGCUCUCAUCAGGUGGGCUGAACAUAUACAGUGGGUUUCUUAAAGACAAACCAUAAUACUCAAGGCAACUUGUUAGUAUGCCAGAUUGGAACCUUUCUCCAUUUACAGUUCAUGGUAAUCACAAUUUUUUGUUGUUGUUAUCUCACUGGCCAGUUGUUCCUCUAAAAAUGAACUUUCUUCUUUUUGGUUCCAAGCUUAUGAUUUUAUUGCUCAUGAAUGUGUUGCAAAUAUGCACUUACGAUUUCACAGGGAGAUAAAAUCGUGGCGAGAGAUGGGCUGAAGGGAUGUUAGGUCUUUAAUGAAACAGAUCUUUUCCGAAUACGUAUGCUCCCUUCACAUUUCUCACGUUAGAUGUUUCCCCUGUCGUUCAUUUGUUCAUUCAACACUGUAAAUAAUUUUAAGGCCAGUCUUAAAAAAAAAAAAAAAACAGUAACUACCCAAAGGGGUUGCGUUUAGCUCCUAGAAAUCUGAUAAAACAAGAGAUGGCAUAGAAAAGUUAAGUAUCAUUUUUGUUCAUACAGAUACCUUGUAAAAAUAAAUCUUCAAAACAGAUUACUCUUAACCUCCACCUCCCCAAAUGAAACACCCAUACAUAUGGGCUCUAGGUAAGGACUAUGAAAGCCUUCAUCCUGGGUGAAUGCUUUGGGUCAACAGUUAACCAGCAAUUAAAAAAAAAAUGUGCAGAAACACAAGACCAUCUAUUCUCUCCCUUAAUUUCCCCAUUUAACUGUUUGCCAUUGAGGCCAUUCCCCCCCUGCAAAUGUAUGGCUGGAACAGGCCCCCUCAGCAAUAAACUUGUAGCCUCUAAGAAGACACAAUGGGGCAGAUCUGGUGCAUAUGGUCCCCUGCGAGAUUUGCAUCACAUUAGAGAUGCUGCUGCAGGUCAUAUGGGUGGUGUGGUUAACGGGCUUAGUAAAGCUGUUUUGAAGAGGUUAACCCAGCUUGUAGUAAGGGUAAAUAAACAUAACAACCAGCCAUUCUUCCCUAUUCAGCAUGUGCUCUUAUAUUGGAGGCUAAAGGGUAUUGAAGCUGGGAAGGAUCAACUUGUGUUUGCCAGAGGACGCCAAUGAAAUUUGAAACACCAACAAUCAGAGAUUUUGUUUCUGCUCCUCAUUAAAUCAUGCGCUUUUGUGUUGA